UUUAGAGUGAAUCGCUAUUGCAUUGCAGCGCAGUGCAUUAAUGCUUUUUUUACCUCUAUUAUAUCGUUCUAAAUCAUGACCUUCAUCUGUGUGUUCCGUAUGUCAGUUCCUAAACUUUCAGCCAGUAAAACAACAUAAAACAUAUGAAAUAUCGUUCAUAAGACUGCAAAAAUACUCUGAAUAAGAUCAACUGGAGACGAAAAUGACCUGGUAUAAACAAAUAACAGUGGAGGUGCCGAUACUGCUUUUAUUUUUUAGCAUAACUUUUGCAGGAUCUAUAAUGGCAAACCUUUUGAUUUAUCGCACUUGCUAUGUCGUGUUAGGAUACAACCAAGCACAGUGUGCGCUGUUAGGAAACGUCGAUAAUAAUAUAACAGAACAUUUAGAAAAAUUGGUCCAACCUGAAGCGAACAUAAUAGGUACAAUCAAAUCGACGUCAGAAUCUGUCUUCUCGAUAAUAAUAACUAUGAGUCUCGGACCAUGGUCUGACAGAUUCGGAAGAAAACCCAUCAUGGUUCUCUCUCUACUAGGUACCCUUCUGGGUUUGAUCUUGAUAUCGAUAAUGAGUUAUAUCGAAUACAUAUCUCCCUGGUAUUUUUUGAUUGCCGGUAUUCCAUCAGGGUUAAUGGGUGGUUUUCCCACAUUCUUGACUGUGAUUUUAUCAUAUCUCACUGAUAUUACCACUGAAGAAAACAGGGGUAUGAGAAUGGCAAUUUUUGAAGCAUUUCUGGCAAUAGGCGUUUUUGUUGGAAAUAUUUCUGGCCCCUACGUUUUUUAUGCAACCAAUUAUGCCUCUGUAUUUUUAAUAGCAGCCGGGACUGUCGGAUUAAGUCUUCUGUAUACGAUGUUGUAUAUACCCGAAUCUGUUCAAAAUGUAGAGACAGAGGGUAAACUAAAAGGUGUAUUUCAAUGCAGAGAUUUCACAGAAAUGAUAAGAAUACCGUUCAAGAGACGAGUAAAAUAUAAAAGAGCCAUAAUUCUGCUCAUUACCGGCCUGUCCAUGAUUUAUAUAUUCGUUAUGAACGGGGAUGGUGCAGUGCUGAUUCUAUUUCUGAGAGGAAAACUACACUGGACACUGAAACAAUAUACCCUUUACAAUAGUGCAAGCAAUGUGGCAUGGAUAUUGGGUACAGUCAUCGGUACUUACUUUUUCGAGAAGUUAUUGAAAGUGACAGCAUCUGUUAUCAUUUUAAUGGGGUUAUUAUCUGUUCUCAAUGGUGCCUUACUACUUGGAUGGGCCACUACUGACUAUCACGUCUAUGCUGCUGCCGCAGUAAGAUGUCUUGGUGGGGUGAUAAGUCCAAUGAUGAGAUCCUUACUUUCCAGUUUGGUACAACCUGACGAAAUAGGAAAAAUUUUUUCCAUGAUUAUGAUUUGCGAAUUUAUUAUUUCGUUAGGUGCUUCUCCACUAUAUACUGUGAUAUACAAUUCAACUAUUAAUGAAGAUCCUGGAAUAUUUAACUUCUUUACAGCUGGUCUGUAUGUAGUUAAUAUUGUAAUUAUUAUGAUUGUGAUGAGUAUCGAAUAUCUACAGCCCUCAAUUUAUAAUAAGGUCCUGGAUGACGAAGAAACAGAAAUUCAAAAUGAGAUCGAUUCAACUAUUAACUAGAUAGAUAUUAUAGGUACCUAUACCUAUAUGCCUUGAUUCAAUGAAUGUGAUAUUUUGUCUACUUAUAUAUAACAAACGAUAUUUCGCAAUGUUUCUGAUAAUUAUUGUGAACGAUACUGCAUAAUAAAUGGCCAUGCCUAUGAAAGAUAAGGAGAUUAUAGCAGUCUACGAUAUCGAAUAUCCCUCCAUAUAAUUAUGAUAAUGAUAACAUUUACUUAUCUUAUCUAUCUAUCUAUCCCUCAUUCUAGAAUAGUUUCAGUUAUGAAUAUGUUCGUCAAAACAAAUUCUCAGAAUAUAUCACAAGUUUUCGAUUUAGAAGAUGAAAAUUUGAGUCCUGAAUUGGUCAAAAUACUGCCUAAAAUGUACCUGAUACGCUUAUCUGGAAGACAACUAAAAAAAUAUUGGGAGUGUCUACCGAAGAGUUUAAAGGAGGAUGAGGAUAUUAUAGAGAGAUUACCGUGUCUGGAACAUUACAACAGGCCAGAAGAUCCUAUACAUAUUGAUGGACCUGCACCGCCAAAGUACAGAUGUUAUUACUGCAAAAUGAAUAAAGUCGUUUCAUGAGGUACCUACCUACCUACAUAAUACCUACGACACUCUGUUACUGUUACAUUUUUACAUCCGAUACUGUUUAUUUUAUAUUUGAAUUCUAUAAGACAUUUGUAGAAAUUCAGAAAUUAUAUAUAUUUGAAUAAUAUAGUGAAAAUAUAUACAGUAGGUCGAGUACAUGUAGACCUUUGACCCGUUUGGUCUGUAUAUUGGCGGGAAAGCGCCACGCAUCUGUCGAAUAGUCGAAAGGCGUCAAGAAACGUGAAAAAAUAACAUCAGAAAAGCACUACGCAUGCCUCAAAACAUCGAAAAAUCGUAGAAAAUGUGUUGACAUUUUCUUAAUUUUUUUACGAUUUUUGACACUUUUCACGCAUGUGUGGCGCUCUCCCAACAAAACGAACCAAACAGGGUCAAAGGUCAAAAAUUACCCAGGCUUCGCCCAUAUAACUAUACUAGCUGAGGACAAUAUAUCUUUCAUAUAGGUGUAGACAACGUACUUUUUCUACAGCUAUAACACAAAAUCGUUCUUGUUUUAUUGUGUUGCAUGU